CCCAUUUAACUACUGACCAAACACGCUCCCAAGCAAUUGUCGUCGUAGUGCGUUCCAUUCCAUAGAGCGUACGUCGCCAUGGAAGCCAUGCCGCUUCUGUUCCUCUUCCUCCUCGUCCUCCCGGCGCACUACUGCCUGCCGGUGCCGCGGCAGUCCUACCACCUGGACAUCGCCCGCGUCGACGCCUCGGACACCGAGAGCCUGAACCUGACCGACCACGAGCUCCUCCGGCGUGCCAUCCAGCGCAGCCGCGACCGGCUCGCCAGCAUCGCGCCACGGCUGCUGCCCACGUCGUCCCGGAACAAGGUGGUUGUGGCGGAGGCCCCCGUGCUGUCGGCCGGCGGCGAGUACCUGGUGAAGCUGGGCCUCGGGACGCCGCAGCACUGCUUCACGGCGGCCAUCGACACGGCCAGCGACCUCAUCUGGACGCAGUGCCAGCCGUGCGUCAAGUGCUACAAGCAGCUGGACCCGGUGUUCAACCCCGUGGCGUCCACCUCCUACGCCGUGGUGCCCUGCAACAGCGACACCUGCGACGAGCUGGACACGCACCGGUGCGCGCGCGACGGCGACAGCGACGACGAGGACGCGUGCCAGUACACCUACAGCUACGGCGGGAACGCCACGACCAGGGGCAUCCUGGCCGUCGACAGGCUCGCCAUCGGGGACGACGUGUUCCGGGGCGUCGUCUUCGGGUGCAGCAGCUCCAGCGUCGGCGGGCCCCCGCCGCAGGUGUCCGGGGUCGUGGGCCUCGGCCGCGGGGCGCUCUCGCUGGUGUCCCAGCUCUCGGUUCGGAGGUUCAUGUACUGCCUGCCCCCGCCCGUGUCCAGGAGCGCCGGGAGGCUCGUCCUGGGCGCGGACGCCGCGGCCACAGUCCGCAACGCGUCGGAGCGGGUCGUGGUGCCCAUGUCCACCGGCUCCCGCUACCCAUCCUACUACUACCUCAACCUCGACGGGAUCUCCAUCGGCGACAGGGCCAUGUCAUUCAGGAGCAGGAACAGGAUGAACGCGACGACGCCCGGUACAGCAGCCGGGGCGCCGGCGUCGCCCGUGUCCGGGUCCGGGGACGGCGACGGGAGUGGCACGGGGCCGGACGCGUACGGGAUGAUCAUCGACAUUGCGUCCACCAUCACGUUCCUGGAGGAGUCGCUGUAUGAGGAGAUGGUGGACGACCUGGAGGAGGAGAUCAGGCUGCCGCGAGGGUCCGGGUCCGACCUGGGGCUGGACCUCUGCUUCAUCCUGCCGGAAGGGGUGCCCAUGAGCCGCGUCUACGCGCCGCCCGUGUCGCUGGCGUUCGAGGGGGUGUGGCUCAGGCUGGACAAGGAGCAGAUGUUCGUGGAGGACAGGGCCAGUGGGAUGAUGUGCCUCAUGGUGGGCAAGACGGACGGGGUCUCCAUCCUCGGCAACUACCAGCAGCAGAACAUGCAGGUCAUGUACAACCUCCGCCGCGGCAGGAUCACCUUCAUCAAGACCGCUUGCGAAUCCGUGCGGUAGAAUAAUUAGAAUUGACCAUGCUGUACUUGGUUAGGUAUCGUGACC